UCCUCUCGUCUACUGCGUUCUUCAGUUUCCCUCCCCUCUUCCUGCUAAAGGCUCGUAAAAAAGCUAUGGAGUCUGUCCUUAAGAAAUAUUUUGGGUUUUCAACAUUUCGGCCAUAUCAGAAAGAAAUUGUGGACAAAAUAUUGGACGGGAGGGAUUGCUUGGUGGUCAUGGCCACUGGGAGCGGCAAGUCACUCUGCUAUCAAAUGCCACCAUUGAUCACCAAAAAGACUGCUGUAGUAAUUAGCCCUCUUAUAUCCUUAAUGCAAGAUCAGGUAAUGACAUUAAAGGAGAGGGGCAUUAAAACUGAGCAUCUUUCUAGUGCUCAGAGUGCUUCGAGAGUACAAAGCGCUGCUGAGAGUGGUCAAUAUGACAUUCUCUAUAUGACUCCAGAAAAAGCUUGCUUGCUUCCUUCCAGCUUCUGGUCGAGAAUGCUGAAAACAGGGAUAUGUCUUCUGGCUGUUGAUGAAGCACACUGCAUUUCAGAGUGGGGCCAUAAUUUCCGGAUUGAGUACAAAAAGUUGGAUAAGUUGCGUGAUAUGCUAUUAGAUGUUCCCUUUGUUGGCUUAACUGCAACUGCUACAGAGAAAGUCUGUCUUGAUAUCAUCAGCUCCUUGAAGAUGAGGGAUCCUCAUGUUACUGUUGGCUCUUUUGAUCGUAAAAAUCUCUUUUAUGGCGUUAAAUCUUUCAACCAUGGUUCACCUUUUGUUGAUGAGCUUGUGGAAGAAAUAUCUAAAUAUGUAGAGAGUGCAUGCUCAACAAUUGUGUACUGUACAACUGUCAAAGAUGCUGAACAUAUCUUUAAGUCACUUCUCAAGGUUGGAAUUAAAGCUGGGGUCUACCACGGUCAAAUGCCUAAUUGUGCACGCGAGGAGUCUCACAGGUCAUUUAUCAGGGAUGAAUACUAUGUCAUGGUUGCUACUAUUGCUUUUGGCAUGGGUAUAGAUAAGCCAGAUAUCAGGUAUGUGAUACAUUAUGGAUGCCCAAAAAGUUUAGAAUCUUAUUAUCAGGAGAGUGGUCGAUGUGGUCGAGAUGGUGUUGCUUCGGUCUGCUGGCUUUAUUACACAAGAAGUGACUUCAUAAAAGCUGAUUUUUAUUGUAGAGAAGCAAACUCGGCAGAUCAAAGAAAAGCUAUAAUGGACUCUUUUGUAUCCGCACAACAUUAUUGCUUCUUGACAACUUGUAGAAGAAAAUUUCUAUUGGACUACUUUGGGCAAAUUUGCACUUUUGACAAAUGUGGAAAUUGUGAUAAUUGCACCAGCUCCAAGAAGGAGACUGAUAUGUCUAGAGAAGCAUUUCUUCUGAUGGCCUGCAUUCGUUCCUGUGGGGGUCAGUGGGGACUCAAUAUGCCAGUUGACGUUCUUCGUGGUUCACAGUCCAAGAAAAUCCUUGAUGCUCAAUUUGAUAAGCUUCCAUUUCAUGGCCUUGGGAAAGAGAUGACAGCGAACUGGUGGAAGUUUCUUGCGAAUCAGUUGAUUGUAAAAGGUUAUUUGGUUGAGAAGUAUGCGGAUGUGUACAGAAGUAUAAGUGUGGGUCCCAAAGGGCUUCAGUUUCUGAGCUCAUGCAGACCAGAUUAUCAACCACCAUUAUAUGUGGCAGUCACUUCUGAAAUGAUCGGUGAUGUGGAAAACAAAUAUCCAACUGAUGAAGCUAGAGACUUUGGUGGUCUGAUAUCGGCAGGAUUUGAAGGAAUGUCUCAGGCUGAAGCACAACUUUAUAAACUGCUUUUGGAAGAGAGACUGAAACUUGCAAGAGUCAGUGGAACUGCUCCAUAUGCAAUUUGUGGUGAUGAAACACUAAGGAGGAUAGCAUUGACAAGGCCAUCAACCAGAGCAAGACUAGCUAAUAUAGAUGGAGUAAACCAGCACUUAAUGAAAGUUCAUGGUGAUCAUUUUCUUCAAAGGAUCCAACAGCUCUCUCAAGAACUUAACAUUACCUUGGAUGGGCUUCCAAACUCUCAACCUCCCGCUCCAAAGGAGGUUCUUAAAGUACCAAAAGCGGCAAACCUGGCACCAGCGAAGUCUGAAGCCUGGAGAAAGUGGCAAGAAGAUGGCCUUACAAUCCAGAAAAUUGCAAAUUUCCCAGGAAGAUCGGCUCCAAUUAAGGAGCAGACUGUUGCUGAGUAUAUUCUUGAAGCUGCAAGAGAGGGAUGUGUAAUUGACUGGCUUAGAUUCUCUCGAGAGAUUGGGUUGACACAAGAGGUGUACAAGAGCAUUCAGCAAGCUGUCCUAAAAGUUGGAAAAGAGAAGUUAAAGCCCAUAAAAAAUGAAUUAGCAGAAGAGGUAACUUAUUCCCAAAUCAAGACAUGCUUGACAAUGCAAGAAUUAGGACUUGGCAUGAGCGAAAUUGAAUCCAUUAAUCAGCAUGACUGCAAGGAGGAUGAACAUUUGAAUGGGAAACCAUUAUUGUCAGAAAGAACUAACCUCUCGCAUCAAAAGGAAGAACAAUUUGAGAAUUUUCAAUUUGUUAAUGGAGUCCGUGACUCGGCUGGGUUAAGGAAUGAAGAUGCAAUUUCUGACAGCUCUAUACAGAGCAGAAGCAUGGAAGAAUCUGUAGAUUCUUCAAAUGAUCCACCUCUUACAAGGAAACGCCAAAAGAUUGAUGCCUUGGACGUACCGGCUGAAGUUAUGGUAGAAGCAACCGAGACUUCAAUUAUACGCUGGCUUGGGAAGUUUGAUCAUGGGGUACCACUUUCUGAUAUCUUGGGGCACUUCAAUGGAUCAACGGAGUCAUCUGUGAUUGAUCUGCUAAACAGCCUAGAAGGUGAAUUUUUGAUAUUUAAAAAGAAUGAUCUGUAUAUGCUCAUGUAGAUUGUAGAGUAACACAUAUUUAUAGUUGGUGACAUAUUGGAUAGCAAAUCUCUGCGUCUUCAUCUUUCCCAUCAUUCAUAUAUCCAAGUUCUUGGGGAAAUAGGGAGGUAAGGAUGCAAGAUACAAAAAAUGUACAUCUUUUUUGGCGGAGUGAUACAAUUUAUGUAACGAUGAAUACGACAUGUGCAAUUUCGUAUAUGUGCAUGUUGCUUUGGGGCGUUUCGCUUGUUA